AUGUCACACGAAGCACUGCCUAUCGAUCGGGUGAGAUUUGCAGAGGCACUCGAGUCGCUGCCCCUCGACGCGCUGCACUCCAAAGUUGCCGAGCUGCGAAACAACAUGAACCACCUCAGAUCUUCAAACGAGCAGAUGGUGCCGUUCGCCGAUGAAGGCGAUCAAGGUACGGUUGAACAUUCUUCAUUCCUAAAGGCGAGGCCUGACACAUUCCAAGACUGCAAGGAUGCCAUGUACGAGAAUCUCAUUGUCAUCAACCGCAUGAACGAGCGCAUCGAAUUGCUUCGAGCCGAAGUCGAAAAGAGAGGCAUGAGAUGGUCAGAAGCAGAAGUUGAGGAUCGCCAGAUUAGCGAAAGAAUGGUCAACGGGGACUCUACAACACAAACACAACCGACACAAUCCCAGAGUGGACACUUGACCGACGACGAGCUCAGGUCGCAGCUUCAAGCUAGACUGGCUCAGCAUAGUCAUGAAGACCAGGAGGAAGAAGGCCUCCAUCUCUGA